CAAACAACUACCUAACCUACAGGUACCUAACAUCCAGGGACCUAACAUCGAGGAACGAUGUCCGUCAACCAAGUUGAUCAGGACUGGGUCCUCGAUCUCUUCAGGGAAAGCUUGAGGACAUCGAGUCUCCCUCUCGGUUUAGACGACAACGACUUCUCUGUGUCGUUUAACGAUCCUCCCCCGGUGAGAGGUAUCCCGAAUGAUCCCGAGAAGCUCCAGUAUUUGCGAAACCUAAUUGCCUACAUCCUCGACGGUCGUGCUAUUGUCUACACCUACAACAUUGUUUUAUUAGUAGUGCUUGUGGUAUUUACUUUGCUUCACAUAAAUGAGAGGUUACGGGAGAAGUCUAGAUGGAAAAGACUCGAGCAGGGCUUCACUACGGCUUCGGAACCACUUAGAAAGACGGCCGACGAUUCCGAGCCUACAAACGAGGCAGAAUCUUCCUCUAGUAGUACUUUGGAAGGCUCACAAUCGUCUCACACCACACGUAAAGCUGUCGAUGCUGAUGUAGAGAGUCAACCUCUCCUUGGAUCGAGACGGCGUCGUCCUACCUCAGCAAGAGCGGGGAAUAAUGUCGCUAAGCGCUUGCGAUCCAUGUUGAUGUACCAACCUGGGCCCAUCCCAUUCAUUAAUCGGACUUUACCGUCGAACGGAACCUCUCUCUUCGUUUCGGCCUUUCUGGGUCUUAAUAUUUUCUAUCAAUUCUACCGCGUUCCCCUCGAUCCAGAUUAUUUUUUUGCUUUCGCCGAUCGAGCCGGUAUAAUAUUUAUCGUCAACUUGCCCCUUCUUUAUCUCCUAGCCGCCAAAAACCAACCCCUUCGGCUUCUCACGGGACACUCGUAUGAAGCCCUCAACAUCUACCAUCGCCGCGUUGGCGAGCUGAUGUGCUUCGAAGCAGUAGUGCACUUUUUUGGAAUGCUUCUUUGGCGGCUCAUUCUCGAACCGCCUUGGUUGAGGAGUGGCAGUUUCUACGCUUUUAUCACCCACCCAUUAUGUCUUUGGGGUAUCGGAGCAUGGGUAUCAUACGAGUUACUCUACUUUACCUCGCUCGGAAGUUUCCGUCAGAGGUGGUAUGAGCUCUUCCUGGUUUCCCACGUAUUCCUUCAAGUCGCCGCUCUCGCGUUUGUUUAUAUGCAUUUCUCCACGAGCCGGCCGUACGUACUUGUAUCACUGGCCAUAUUUCUCCUUGAUAGGCUCGCCUGGCGCUUGUGGAUGAAGUCUGCACAUUUCACAGCAGACAUAGCAAUAUUAGAGGACGACCAGACAUUACUCCUCUCUAUGGACUGGGACAUACCUACAUCUAAAGCUCGAGGAUGUCUCAGUUCUUUGGGACAAAGCAUCCGAUACGGUUGGCGCCCAGCCGACCACGCGUUUAUAUCAGUCCCAGUACUUGGUCGUAGCCAUUCUCUCCAAGCCCACCCAUUCACAAUCGCGUCCGCUGCACCUGUAAUGGAUGACACAGGUUCGCCAAGCCAUGCUUGGUUAAACUUGUUGAUUCGAGUACAGUCCGGUUUUACCUCUGACCUUCUAAGCCACGCGCGCCUAAACUCCAGGGUUGCUGUUCGCCUAGAUGGGCCUUAUGGAUCCCAAGACCCCCUUAACAUGCUAAGGUCGUGCGAGAAUGCUGUCCUCAUCGCUGGCGGAUCCGGGAUUGCAGUUGUCUUUCCUAUGGCGUGGGACCUGGCUACUACCAAAUGCGGGGGGAGGCAAGUACAUUUGAUAUGGGUGAUACACUCCCGAGCCCAACUGUCCUGGAUACCAGAAGAGCGGAUCACUGAGCUACAGAAGCUUGGAGUUCAUGUAGCCAUCCCGGAGCCGACAAUCGAGGCUGGCAGGCCGGACAUCCCCGCCUACAUUACCGAUCUGACCAGCUCUUCUGAGGGUAGGGUUGGGGUUGUAGUCUCUGGACCUGAUGGUCUAAACAGGGCUGCAAGGAAUGCAUGCGCUGACGCCGUCAGAUCAGGGGCUGAUAUCCAACUUCGGGUAGAGAAGUUCGGUUGGUAAGGAACGAGGUUAAGCAUUUGAUUUUUAUCGGAAACUGAUGGCUGGCGUUUUUUAUGAUUACAUGUGAAAUCAGUGGAAUAACAUAAUACAUCUGAUAAUGAUUGAUAUUGCAGGUGGGUUUUGGAUAGAUUAAGAUCUAGAUCUAGAUCUAGGUAGGCAGAUGCGAGUGUGCGUGCAUUACAUCUUGAGAUAGAUCGCUCUUUUUAAUUUCCCUAGGGACAUUUUAUAUUUUCAUGUCGAACGUGAAUGGUUGCCACGAAGCAUUUAGUUGGAGUGUUGAUACUAGAUCAUAACUGAGGAAUUCUGCAAUCAUCACCAUGUCACUGCUUCACAUUGUAACUCCAUAGGGGAGUUCAUGUCAUUAGUUGAAUUUUCAUUCAUAUUCUAAAUAUUAAAUAGUUUAUUAAUGCUCAAAGUUGCCC